AUGGAUACAUCGAAACACAUUUACAACAAGACCGGUUUGAACUUGGUAGAAGACGACUUACGAGUGCGAAAUUUGAAAACCAAGGCAAAGGAUAAGAAGAACAAUCAAAUAUCAUCCCUGGACGGCGAAUGGUCCCACAUGAAAAACACCGUUGCCACGCUGUUUCUCGGAGAAAACGACGUUACAGAAAUACCCACCGACUCACUGGACCAUACAUCCGAAAAUUUACACGGGCUCCGCCAGUUUAAAUCGUUGAUUUGGCUCAACCUGGACGGCAACAGAAUACUUAAAAUCCACACACAUUCGCUGCCCCCCGCCCUACAAACUUUUAGUGUAUCACAUAAUUUAAUAGAAAGUUUCCCCAUUGACUUAGUCGGAACUUUACCUCAAUUGCAGUGGCUUUAUUUGAGAGGAAAUCACAUCAAAAUUUUACCGGAGCACACUUUUUUCAGGCGACUGUGGAUGGAGAAGAUAGAUCUCGGUGAAAACUUUUUAAAAUCCCUUCCGAAAACUCCUUUUAAUAAUACAAUUUGUAUUAGGGAUCUAAACUUGGCCUCUAAUGAUUUUAGGACUCUUACAGCGGAAAGUUUCUCGGGCUUGGAAACCAGGAGGAUAAUACUUUCCUAUAACUUACUUGAAAAUUUGGAUUUGCGAGCUUUCAGCGGAUUGGAGGACACACUGGAAUACUUAGACUUUGAUCAUAAUAAUUUACAGCAAAUACCAAAAGCAGUCAGUGAAUUAAGAACAUUGAAAUACCUAUAUUUAUCAUCAAAUUUACUAAUUGACAUCCCUGAGAACGCAUUUGAAAACUUUUGUCCAACUCUCAAAGCUCUCAGUCUUAGUGGAAACAGAUUGACCAAAGUUCCUUGGAAGUCUUUACAAAAUUGCUCAAAAAUUUCUCAUUUUAACGUAGCUUUUAACGAAAUCGAUGACAUAAGCGAGAACGAUUUCAGCUGGGGCACUAGCAUAAAGUCUCUCAAUAUGGGAAACAACCAUUUAACAGGCUUACACGGAAACAUUUUUAAGUAUCUUGAGAACCUGAAAGAGCUCAGUCUCAGCUUCAAUCCUCUUCGGUACAUUGAUAGAGAAGCUUUCAGCAACUUGAAACAAUUAGAAAGUCUGGAAUUGUCUUUUAGUUUAAAUCCUGACAUUGAUAUCGAAGGAAUAUUUGUGCCUUUAGAGAGGUUGCAUUGGCUUUCUAUAGACAACAACAACUUACAUACAGUACCAGAAAAUUUACUAACUUCAUUACGCCAACUAAAAUAUAUAAACUUGGAGUCAAAUAAGCUUCAUUUUAUCCCAAAGGGUUUUUUUAAGAACAAUGUUGAGUUGCAAGACAUAAGGUUGUCGAAUAAUGAACUAAGAACUAUUGAAACUGAGACGUUUUAUCAUUUAUCAAACUUACAGAGUAUUUCGUUAGCUAGUAACAAAAUAAAACAUAUACAAAGAGAGAGUUUUGCUCAUUUGCCUAAUCUAAGUAAGAUAAUUUUGUCUGAUAACUAUCUAAUUCAUGUAAGCCAUGAUUCAUUUUCAAAUUUGCCAGCUAUCAGCAAAAUAGAUUUGCAGAAUAAUUUUCUGAAAGAAAUAUCGUUUAAAUUCAUCACAAACAUCACAUAUCCCAUCUCGGUUAAUUUGACGAAAAACCGGAUAACAUUUUGUACAUCCGAUUCCCGCAUUUUAAAUAUAGAGACGUUGGAUAUGAGCUUUAAUAAUUUGGAGAAUAUUCCAAAGUGCCUCGAGCAUACAGCGUCGUUAAAAAAGUUAAUAUUACAGUCCAAUGUCAUAAAUUCAUUAGACCAUAACGCUUUCAUGCAUUUAACUUCACUAGAACAACUGCACUUAAAGAGCAAUAACAUUUUGCUGGUUAGCAAAAAAGCGUUCUUCGGGCUACAAAAUUUGCAAAUAUUGGAUUUAUCUAAAAACUUUAUAAGCCAGUUGCAUACCAAUCAGUUCGUCAACAUGCCGAAGUUGCGAAUUUUAAAUUUACGAGAGAACAGAUUGAGCUAUCUCCCGAGAGAUAUAUUCAGCAACACCCUACUGGAAAUGUUGGACUUGGGGCUCAAUUCCUUCACCGUUGUUCCAACGACGAGUAUAUCAGAUGUCGGCAUGACCCUGAGGCAUCUUUCCAUGCGCUCUAAUAACAUAGAGCAUAUAGAUAUAACUACUUUCCCUGAUAUACCGUCGUUACAGUAUCUUGAUUUGAGUAAUAACAAGCUGACGAUUCUCCCUGACAAUGUUUUUACUAGUUUGGGUCUCCUACAGUAUCUCGAUCUCAGCUUUAAUCCCCUACGCUCGAAUUUUAAGGAGUUGUUUCACUACGCGCAGAACUUGAAACGUUUGGAUCUCUCUAAUACUUGGAUAAUGCACACUCCUUAUUUUCCACUGCCAAAUUUAGUUUAUUUAAACUUAUCACAUAAUUUGAUCGAAAUUAUCAACAAGAAUUCCGUGCAGCAGUUGCUGAAACUAAAAUCACUCGACAUUAGUUUCAAUAAUCUGGAAGAAGUUCCUUCUCAUCUGUGGAGUUAUUUGCCAAACUUAAAAAUAUUAAAUUUAUCAAACAAUCCUAUUAAGGAAUUAGUAGUUGAUAGCUUCGUGGGAUUACAAAAUUUACAAGAAUUGACAUUACUAAAUUUAAAACAUAUAAAAAAAUUUGAAGGACACAGCAUUUCUCAGCUGAGAGUUCUAAACAAAUUAACUAUAGAAAGUUGGCCAAGAUUGGAUCAUUUCGCGGACCAGUUUUGUACUCUUCUUUCAAACUUCGAUCAACUUAGGAUAUUAAAAAUUUAUUUUUAUGAAAAUAAGCUGGACGAUCAACUACUUUGUAUUACGAAUAGAAAGAUAAGGGAGUUGGAUAUCUCUGGGAAAAAUUUGAAGUUUGUCGACAAAGAUGCUUUUGCUAGAUUUGUUCGAAACCCAGAUUUGCUUCUAAAAAUUCACAACACUCUCAUUGAGGAUCUUCCUUCGGGACUUUUUGCCAAUAUGUAUAAAAUUUCGUAUUUAAAGAUAGACUUAAGAUAUAAUAUGUUGUCCCAUUUGAGUCCAGAUAUUUUUUAUGGUAAUGUAAGUGGAUGGAGAACGGUUGGAACAACUGUUGUGGCAGGUGGACUCGUCCUUUCCAACAAUCCCUUCCGCUGCGGAUGUCAUUUAGCUUGGCUAGGCCACUGGUUCCGACGGUGGAUUAGAGAAAGCGUGCAGGCGCACGACGUCCCACCUGAAACUGCCAUCAAGAUGCACCAAUUGGUGAAAGAAGCCACCUGUAUAGACUCCACUUCUGGUAAAGUUGUUCCCAUAGUGCAUCUACCACCAGAAGACAUGAGCUGCCACGCUAGCGCUCUCAGUAAAGCAACGAAAAUUAACAAAACGUCGUUUGUGUUGGUUCUUUUUGUAGUACAGUUCGAGAUUCUUAGGUAGUGUAUAAUUAAUGUUCUAGACUUUUUGUACAGUGAAUAGUUAUAAGACUCACAAGUUUUUCAAAAUAAUGUAAUAUUUUUCGUCCUCAUUACAAGAUGUUUUUAUGAAAUAACCUUAUUAAACUCAAGAAUUUUGA